AUGCCACAAAUAAUAUCAAUGAAAGUCGAAUAUUUAAUUUUACUUAGUUUCCUAUUAACAUUUGCUGUUAUAACUAAUGCUUUUUAUGUAAAAAAGCAAUUUUAUCCAUCAGUUGUAUAUUUAACGAAGUCAAGUACAAGUCUUGCGGUUCUUUAUGCUCAAGCAUUUGUAUUUGCUAUUUUAUUUGGUAAAUUUAUUCAACGUAUAUUUCUCGGACCGCUUCGUGCGAUUGAAACAGAACAUCUGUAUGAUCGUGCAUGGUUUUCUAUCACAGAAACAUGCUUAGCAUUUACUGUAUUUCGUGAUGAUUUCAGUCCACGUUUUGUCGCUUUGUUUGCAGUUUUACUUUUUCUGAAAUGUUUUCAUUGGCUUUUAGAAGAUCGUGUUGAUUAUAUGGAACAAAGUCCUGUUCUUGGACCAAUAUUUCAUACACGAGUUAUUGGUCUUUUAAGUGUUUUAAGUAUUCUCGAUUAUUUAUUUAUUUCAUCAGCUUAUAUGCAUACAAUAGCCAAGGGAGCAUCAGUUCAAAUUGUUUUUGGUUUUGAGUAUGCAAUCCUACUUGUUUCGGUUAUUACAACUGCAAUAAAAUAUAUUCUUCAUUCAAUUGAAAUUCGUGCCGGUGAACAAUGGGAAAAUAAAGGUGUAUUUAUGCUCUAUUCAGAUUUAAUUCUUGGACUUUUUCGUCUUACACUUUAUAUGAUAUUUAUCAUGGUUAUGAUGAAAAUACAUACAUUUCCAUUAUUUGCUAUUCGACCAAUGUUUAUUGCCAUGCGAGCAUUCCGUAAAUCGUGCAAUGAUGUUCUUGAAUCACGACGUGCUAUACGUAAUCUAAAUACCAUGUAUCCAGAUUUAACAGCUGAGGAACUUGGUAAUGCUACUGAUACUACGUGUAUCAUAUGUAGAGAAGAAAUGCAGGUACAACAAAGUAUCAAGCGUCUUACUUGUCAACAUAUAUUUCAUAAAAAUUGUUUACGUUCAUGGUUUCAACGACAACAAACUUGUCCAAUUUGUCGAACUACUGUUUUGCGUCCCGUACCUACUCGAGCAGCUGCGGCCGCCGCCGCCGCCGCACCACUAGUCAAUGCGCAACCAGCAGCAGCUUCACAAUCACAAGCUCAAAUACCUGUUUCUACAGCUAGAUUUCCUCCGUCACCAUCACAUCUUGCGCCAAGUUCAGCUGCAUCAUCAACCUCUAGUUCUACACCAACUAAUACAUCAACGCAAGCGUCACCACCAAAUUUCAAUACAAUGGGUGCCGGAGUAUUUCCACAAAUGGCAUUUAAUUCAUUUCCUAUGGUAUUACCACCAUUCGCUUUUCCACCUCCACCUUUACCACCAGCUAAUUUUGCUGGUAUGUCAGAAGAAACGAUUCGAGCAAUGGAAGGAACAGAAUUAUCUCAUGUUCAAGCACGUAUUCAAUGUUUACGUAAUGUAAGAACAUUAUUAGAUGCAUCAAUGAUACAAAUGCAACAAUAUAUGAAUAUUGUCUUAACGCAAAGUAAUAUGGAAAAUGGCACAGGUCUAUUGAAUAACCUCAAAAAUGAUACCGAUCAAGUUUUGACAUCAUCGGACGAGAAUAAUUCGAGAAAUAAUGUAUUAAAUCCCAUUAAUGAGAACGAUGCUGAUGUAAUCCGUCGUCAACGAUUAGAGCAUUAUAGGCAAAGAUUGUCACCAUCAACAACAAAUCAAGAAAACAAUAAUGAUAGUUAA